GAAAUGUGUGAUAGGAAAUAUAUUGUUUGUUAAUUGAUCUUGGUUAAAUCAGACCUUAUUAAAAAAUGGCUUAUACGAUGCAAAUUGAAUUCACUCAGGCCAUGUCCGAUUUUAAAAUAAUGUUUCCAGACAUGGAUAAUGAUGUGAUUGAAGCAGUUCUAAGAGCAAAUCAAGGCUCUGUAGAUGCAACUAUAGAUCAACUUCUUGCAAUGAGCACAGAUAAUUUGAAUGAAAAAUUAAGGCUUGAAAUUGAACAAGAGGAUCCAAAACAUGUGGUAGAACCUAAAAGCAAACUUGCUAUUUGCAAUAACUCUGGAGCGAGUCCUAAAAUCAAAAGUACUGUUCCAAAUGUAUCUUCCUCAAUUGUACAUUCUGCUCCUCCUUUAAAGCAAUUGAAAAACUGGAAGCCUCCCAUCCUGGGUCCAUUGCCAAGUGGAUUUUUGAAAUUACCACCUUCAGUAGAUAAUGCUUUGGCUUGUGACACUGAUCUGGAAGACGAAAGAAUUGCAAUGUACUUGCAAAAUGAAGAAUUUAUGGCAGAACUGAGAUGGAACCAGGAUUUUCUAACUGCUCUGGAUAGUGAUCAACCAAUAACUGAAAGCAAUGUAGCUGCAGCAAACCGUGCCAAUAAAAAAUCUGCAAACAUUGAUGAAGAUCAAUUUAGGGAAAGAAUAAAGCAUAUGGGAAAAUUAUCACGUAAAAAAUUUGCCCAGUUGGCCAAGGUAUUUCAUUGGCAAGGCAACAAAAAAGGUGGAGGGGCUCGCCAUGGGCCUGUUACAGAUAGUUUAUUACUUCAGGAAGAGCACAGUGACGAUGAGGAACUUAAACGAGCAAAAUAACUAUAACAAGACAGGUAUUAUGAAUAUAAUUAUUGAUCCAGAAAAGAAAAAAUAUUUUUCUUUAUUUUCACAAGUUUUAUGAACAUGUGACCCAUUUACAAGGGCAUUUGUAUG